UCCGGCUGGCUCGAUGCCUCCCCCCCUCCCCUAACCGCCGCCGCCGCCGCUUCCCGGCCCAUGCCCCGCUUCGCCUCUCCUCGCCGCUGGGACUGCUGCUACGCGAGGUCGGGGAUCCGACGGGGCGAGCAGGCCGCGAUACACCUCCGGGCCUCGCUCUCCAGGUUCCCUUCCUUGAUACCCAUUGUGAUGCCUGCAUCCUUUAGGAUGUCCCAUCUGCUGGUGUCUGCUUUGGUUUGAGACGUACCGCGGUGGGGAAUUGUUGUGCCCAGUGCAACGAGCUUGUCACCUCCAGGUUUGGGAGCAAUUGCUGUGAACUCAGAUCUCCUAAAUUGCUUUGCCUCAGUCGAGAAGCUGAAGCCCUUAUUGUGGAAACCCCGAUUUCUUUUCCCCAGCAUGUCAGAAAGCUGGCCGCAGCAGCCCCCACAGCAGCAGCCGCCGGCACCGCACCAUGCUGGGACCACUGCCCUACCGGAGCAUCCCAUCCCCUCUAGUGCUGUGGUGGAGAAUCCCUUGGGCUGUGCCGUCUACGGCAUCCUCCUCCAGCCAGAGCCCAGCAGCCUGCAGCACCACCCUUCCAUCCCAGCUGGUGGCGGAGAGCCCUCCACAAAAUGCGGGCUGUGUGGGCACGACUUGGGGCACCUCUCAAACCCCCAGGAGCACCAGUGCCUGCAGGGGGGCCACGACCGCUCCUUCCAGUGCACCCAGUGCUUGAAGAUCUUCCACCAGGCCACCGAUCUUCUGGAGCACCAGUGCCUGCAAGUGGAGCAGAAGCCCUUUGUCUGUGGCGUCUGCAAGAUGGGCUUCUCCCUGCUCACCUCCCUAGCCCAGCACCACAACGUCCACAACGGCAGCGCCGCCGUCAAGUGCUCCAUCUGUGAGAAGACCUACAAAGCUGCGGCGGCUGCUGUGGCAGCCCCCGAGGAGCCUGCGCCACCGCAGCAGCCUGCCGCACUCAACCGGACUCCCGUGGAGAAGCCCUACAGCUGCUCCAUCUGCCAGAAGCCCUUCAAGCAUCUCUCAGAACUGUCGCGGCACGAGCGUGUCCACACCGGGGAGAAGCCGUACAAGUGCAGCCUCUGCGACAAGAGCUUCAGCCAGUCCUCCCACCUGGUGCACCACAAGCGCACGCACAGCGCCGAGCGGCCCUACAAGUGCACCGUCUGCGAGAAGGCCUUCAAGCACCGCUCCCACCUGGUGCGCCACAUGUACGCCCACUCUGGGGAGGCCCACCUCUUCCGCUGCAACGUCUGUGAGCUGCACUUCAAGGAGUCCUCCGAGCUGCUGCAGCACCCCUGCACGCCCAGCGGGGAGCGCCCCUUCCGCUGCGGCGCCUGCCACAAAGCCUUCCGGCGCCCCUCGGACCUCCGGCAGCAUGAGCGCACCCACAGCACGGAGCGCCCCUUCCAGUGCGACCUCUGCCAGAUGAGCUUCAAGCAGCAGUACGCCCUCAUGCGCCACCGCCGCACCCACAAGGCGGUUGUGGGCACCGCCGCCCCACCAGCGCCUUCCGCCGAGCAGGAGCUGCCAGUGGGGCCGUUCAAGUGCUCCCUGUGUGAGAAGGGCUUUGUGCAGCCAGCCCACCUCCUCUACCACCAGCACGUCCACGGCAUCGAGAACCUCUUCAAGUGCAACGCCUGCCAGAAGGGCUUCAGCCAGUCCUCGGAACUGCUGCGCCACCGCUGUGUGCAGAGUGCCGAGCGGCCCUUCAAGUGCGCAGCCUGCAGCAAGGCCUACAAGCGAGCCUCGGCCCUGCAGAAGCACCAGCUGGCCUCACACUGCGCCGAGAAGCCCCUCCGCUGCACCCUCUGCGAGCGCCGCUUCUUUUCCUCCUCCGAGUUCGUGCAGCACCGCUGUGACCCAGCCCGCGAGCGGCCCCUCAAGUGCCCAGACUGCCAGAAGCGCUUCAAGUACGCCUCCGACCUGCAGCGCCACCGGCGGGUUCACACCGGGGAGAAGCCCUACAAGUGCCCCGCCUGCGAGAAGGCCUUCAAGCAGCGCGAGCACCUCAACAAGCACCACGGCGUCCAUACCCGGGAGCAACAUUACAAGUGCAUGUGGUGCGGGGAGCGCUUCCUGGACCUGGGCCUCCUGCAGGAGCACAGUGCCCAGCACACCUCCACUGAGAGCACGUACCCCGUGGCGCCCUGCCUGCCCUGAGCAGCUCCCCCUACUGGUGGGAAAAGGUUCAUGUCAUCCUCCAUGCCCUGUUAGCGCUGGGCUUAGGCUACGGCAAGCGACUAGGCCAUGUGGGUCCCUUUCCUUCUCCUUUGCAGACCAACCUGCGAACAGUGGAGGGGGUGGAGGGGGCUGGAGCAAGCAGUGGUGGCCUCUGUGUGAGCACUGGGCUCAGCAAUUGGUCAAUUUGGCCCAUUUAUUUCUAUGAAUGGGCUGAGUGUACCUUUGGAACCAGCUGUGACUCAGCCUGCUUUGUUGCUCCAGGCGCAGUGUCUGUUUUUUGGGCCAACCAAAUCCAGAUCCUCAUCUUCCCCCACCCCCACCCCUCAUGAUUCAUUAGUGUCUACAGAGGGGAGUGUGAUAUUCAAAGAAAUUUGCCACAUUGGGUUCUUUGCUGCUUGAAAUUUAUAGGGCAGGACUCCGCAGCAAGGAAAGCCAGGCAGGUGAAAUGGUGAGAGAUGGACUUGGUGGGCACGGUUUCCCUUAAGGUGCCAUCCCUAGGGAAAUUCUGCUUGUGUGCGUCUGUUCAGUUCAAGCGUAUAUCCGAGAGAGAAGGCCCCAGAGCAGCCAUGCCUUGUGCUCCUCUACCUGGCUUCCGUUGUCCAAAACCGUCAGGGCUGGAGGCUUUUCAUUUCCUCCAAACACCGGAGCUCUCAAGGUGCUGUCUAAGCCAGCGGUGUGAGUGGUCCCAGGGCAGCGUGAAAGGUGACAGAGAUGGAGG